AUGACCAUCCCCGAGACUCAAUGGGCGCAGGUGGCCGAGAAGAUCGGAGGGCCACUUAUUCUCAAACAAAUUCCGGUUCCCAAGCCAGCCCCUGACCAGAUUCUCGUCAAAAUUCGAUACUCGGGUGUUUGCCACACCGACUACCACGCGAUGAUGGGCCACUGGCCCAUCCCAGUCAAGAUGCCUCUAGUCGGUGGUCACGAAGGAGCUGGAGUGGUCGUGGCCAAGGGUGAUCUUGUCAACUCCUUUGAAAUUGGCGACCACGCUGGAAUCAAGUGGAUCAAUGGCUCGUGCUCCGAGUGUGAAUUCUGCAGACAAUCCGAUACCCCUCUGUGCGCUGACGCACAACUUUCCGGAUAUACCGUCGACGGUACUUUCCAGCAAUAUGCCGUCGGAAAAGCUACCCAUGCCGCCAAGAUCCCCAAGAAUGUCCCUCUUGAUGCCGCAGCUCCGGUCCUUUGUGCCGGUAUCACCGUCUACAAGGGCUUGAAAGAAUCCGGCGUUCGACCUGGCCAGACAGUUGCAAUUGUUGGAGCAGGCGGUGGCCUUGGCUCACUCGCCCAGCAAUACGCGAAAGCUAUGGGUCUCAGAGUCAUCGCCAUUGAUGGAGGCGACGAGAAAAGAGUCAUGUGCGAACAGCUCGGCACUGAGACCUAUGUCGAUUUUACUAAGUCCAAGGACCUUGUUGCGGAUGUGAAAGCAGCAACCCCCGGUGGACUUGGAGCUCACGCCGUUAUCUUGUUGGCUGUUUCCGAGAAACCUUUCCAACAAGCUUCAGAAUACGUGCGCUCUCGAGGUACAGUGGUUGCAAUUGGAUUGCCCCCGGAUGCAUUUCUUAAGGCGCCAGUGAUUAACACCGUCGUUCGUAUGAUUACAAUUAAGGGAAGCUACGUUGGAAAUCAACAGGAUGGCGUUGAAGCUCUUGACUUCUUCGCCAGAGGCUUGAUCAAGGCUCCAUUCAAAUUGGCGCCUUUGAAGGAUCUUCCAAAGAUCUUUGAGCUCAUGGAGCAAGGCAAGAUUGCCGGCCGCUAUGUGCUCGAGAUGCCAGAGUAA